AAUUAAACCCCGCCCACAAAAACCAGGCUCCGCCUUUUAAUUAAAAAUGGCUGAUCAGAAGGAGGAGGAAGAGAGUGAAAAUGACCUCUUAAGAAAGCAAGGGUGGUAUCUUGGAGAGUUUAGCACAGAAGGAGCGAAAGAUUUGCUUCAAAAUUGCACUGAAAACAACGUCUUCAUAGUACACAAGACCCCAUCGGAUCAAUACUACCUCUCGGCUAGAUUUUCAAAGGAAAACGAAACGAUUGAGCAUUUACAGAUUAGAAAGAAUGAGAGUAAUCAAUACCAAUUAGAUGGACAAUUAGAGUCUUUUACUAGUAUAGUUGAUGCUGUCAAUAGUUUUACAUUAGCCAGGGAUACAGUCCUCACUCCUGCUUUAGGAAAGAAGCAACAGUUAGAAUUUCAAUUCAGUACAGCCAGUCUACCUCCUGCUUACGAUGAAGCUAAUCGCGUCCUGGGACCAGACAUUGCUCCUUUGCCAAAGAUAGAUAGCAUCACUCCAGCAGUCCCAGUUGAAGCUAAGGAAGGUCGCAUAUCGCCUACAGGCUCUUUCAAUGGAAUCAGAAGAUACAGUGAUGAUGAUAGUUAUUAUUACGGCGGAAGAAGAAACAGGUCCUCUACUCCAGAAUAUAUGAAUAACCCCCAUUGGUGGAGAUACAAAAACAAGUGCAUAUGUCAUCCAAAGAACGUCUACCACUGCUGCUGUCACCGGAAGACAUAUUGGACCGGAUAUAGAGAGGCAACGAGUGGUAAAUGGUAUGACUGUAGAGGAACUGGUUUCUUAAGGUGCUGGUUGCUUGUACUGAUGUGGUGUCUAGUGUGGCCUUGUGUUGGUAUAGGGUGUUGUGUUGCAGGCUGCAUACUGCUGUGCAUCUUCUGUUGCUGCUAUGAAGAUGAUGAUUAAUAAAAUGAGGGGUGUGUGUGUGUUUGUGUGUCUCUUUUUUAAAUUCUUAUUACUGUUUAUCAUGAUUUUAUAUAGCACAAUAUACA